UAGUAUGGCUGCUGCCCCACCAUCUGCGGAUCCGCUUGAUAAAGCACUAAUCGUCGAUGUAGAUCAGUGGAUUGAGCAGUUAUACGAAUGUAAACCACUAUCGGAGAAUCAAGUCAAAACGUUAUGCGAAAAGGCGAAAGAGAUCUUGGAAAAAGAGCCGAAUGUGCAAGAAGUCCGGUGCCCUGUGACAGUGUGUGGUGACGUUCACGGUCAAUUCCACGAUCUGAUGGAGCUGUUCAAAAUGGGUGGAAAGAGUCCUGACACGAAUUACCUUUUCAUGGGAGACUACGUCGACCGGGGGUAUUAUUCCGUCGAAACAGUUAGUCUGCUUGUCUGUUUGAAGAUUCGAUACAAGGAUCGAGUAACACUGCUCCGCGGAAAUCACGAGUCGCGACAAAUCACUCAGGUCUACGGGUUCUAUGACGAGUGUUUGAGGAAAUAUGGAAACUCGAAUGUGUGGAAGUACUUCACUGAUCUCUUCGACUGUUUCCCACUUACCGCUCUUGUUGAUGGUCAAAUCUUCUGCCUUCACGGAGGUCUUUCACCGUCUAUUGAUACUCUUGAUCACAUCAGAGCUCUUGACCGCAUUCAAGAGGUUCCACACGAAGGACCAAUGUGCGAUCUUCUCUGGUCUGAUCCAGAUGACAGAGGUGGCUGGGGAAUCUCUCCACGUGGAGCAGGAUACACAUUCGGUCAGGAUAUCUCGGAGACGUUCAACCAUUCCAAUGGACUUACUCUAAUUUCUCGGGCCCAUCAACUUGUCAUGGAGGGAUACAACUGGAGUCACGAUCGUAACGUGGUAACAGUGUUCUCAGCACCAAACUACUGCUAUCGUUGUGGAAAUCAGGCAGCGAUGGUGGAGCUGGACGACGAUCUCAAAUAUUCGUUCUUGCAAUUCGACCCUGCCCCUCGAAGAGGAGAACCACAUGUUACUCGCAGAACGCCUGACUACUUCCUGUAGAUAGAUACCUCCGUUCAAAUCGCCGUUUUCAUUUUCUUUUUUUUCCGUAUUAUCCCCCUUACCCAAUUAAUUUCAAUACUUUCUCUCACUUUUCCUCUUUUUCAUCGUUUCAGUCAUUAUAUAGAAUAUCGUUGUUUUUGUAUCGUUGCCCAACACCAUCCUAUUUGACAAUCCCAUCUCUUCUGAAGUUGCUCGAAAUGAUUGUUGUGUUCUUCAUCUAUCUUUUUUGUUCCAUUCUCUUGUCCUCUACCAAAAUUUAGGCGAUCAAACCGUGCUUCUCUUCUCAAAUGAUGCGAUGAUAGGGAUGAAAAUUUCAUUGUUCAUGUAAAUUAAUGUGGUGGGAAGAGUUUGGCGGAAUCAUUAGCCAUUACUGAAAAAAUAUCUCCGACAUCUCGUGUCAACCUUAGCACUCGGUUCUCUUCCUUCACUCAAUGAAGCAAUCAAUAUUCUUUUCAGUCAUCCCCGUGUGAGAAAAGUUGCGAUCUUCUCCGCGCACGCGCUGUACGGCGUUCGCUUCCAACAUUUCUUUACUCUUUUUCUUUUCCUUCCAUAUUCUUACACUAUUUUCCCCUCCAUCCCAUCCUUUUCACCACUUCCCGUCUUCCUUGUUUCUUAUGAUUAUUAUCACAAAAUGCGAAUGGACAACAUCUCUCCCUUUUCCACUAUUUUAUUCCCCCAUUUUGUUUAAUUAUAAUAUUAUUUUUGCCCCAUCAACAUUUUGUUUAUCAUCAAUGAUCAAUAAACUGUGUCCACAUC